AUGUCGUCACACGGCAGCGAAUCUGAAAACAACAACCGCGAUGUCGACUUGGGCGGUGAUUGUCGGCCUGGUAGUCCCGCCACUGCCAGGCUGACGGUGGUGGUGGAGGAUACUCGCUUCUCAGAGGAGAAAACUCUGCUGGUCCAGAGCUGUGACUACUUUGGCGCCCUUUACCGCUCAGGGAUGAGGGAGUGUCGCCAGGAGGAGAUCCACCUCCAGUGCCUGCACGCUCGUGGCUUCUUCAUCACUUUGGCGGUCAUGCGAGGCGAGGCGCUUGGUUUGGAUGCCGACGACAUCGUGGAGGCCAUCCAAUGCGCGGCUUUCCUGCAGGCGUCACCACUCACCAGGCACCUGGUGGACCUCGUGGACUCCGACAACUGCUUGCUCAUGUUCCACACCGCCGCCACAUUUGGCCUCCUGGAGCUAUACCACGCCGCUGCGCUGUACAUCCGUAAUAUGUACGCCGACAUAGAGGUGGAAGUAAGGCAGACUUUGCCAUCGGAACUGAUUUCUUUCGUGGAGUCGCUGACCCCAAGCGCUUUCGUGGCCGUCGGUGCCCAUGUCACCUGCGGCACGAGUGAAAACAUCCACGCCGCCUCCAGGACCGUCUGCUACCUGGAUGAAACCGGGAAUACAUGGAAAACUCUGACCGAUCUCCCCCUGGAGGCCAGCACCUCCAUGGCGGGCGUGACCGUCCUGGACAACAAGCUCUAUGUCGUCGGCGGUGUCCGCGGUCUCCACAAAGACGUCGUCGACACAUGCUUCUGCUACGACGUUGAAAAGAACAUCUGGACCGAGCUGGCCGGUCCCGGCCAGCCACGCUUCAACCUCGGCCUCAUCGGCCAAAAUGGCCACCUCUACGCCAUUGGAGGAGAGUAUGAGCGGAUCGUGAUGUCGUCUGUGGAAAUACUGGAUGUCCAGACCGGCAGAUGGAGGUUCGCUGCCCACUUGCCUCGGCCAGCGGCGGGGGCGGCGUGCACCAAAGUCACGAGGAGAAUUUUUGUGUGCUUGUGGCGGCCCAUGGAGACCACUGAGAUCCACGAGUAUGUUCCGAGUACGGACGAGUGGCGUCUGGUCACCAGCCUCAUCCGACGCCAGAGCUACGGCCACUGCAUGGUGGGCCACAGGGACGAUCUGUACGUGAUGCGCAACGGGCCGUCGGACGACUUCCUGAGGUGCGUGAUGGACUGUUACAACCUGAGCACGGGCCAGUGGACCUCUCUGCCGGGACACUUCGCCAACAGCAAGGGUUCGCUCUUCACUGCCGUGGUCCGAUGCGACUCUGUCUUCACGCUCAACAGGAGCGCCACGCUGGAGUAUGUUGUCCACGGGAAGACCUGGAAACCGCGACGCCAGAUGAAAGGUUUCCCCCGGAGUGGAUCAGUGUGGACGUUCUUGCUCAGGCUACCAAUGGUCCAAAUACAUUCGACAAAUGAUUGA